UCCACAACCACACACACACCCUCACACUGAGACAGGCAGAAAAGAGAAAGGAGAGACGGAGAGCGUGGCUUGUACGGGGUGCAGUGAAGCACAAGCCAUCCAGAGGAAAAAUGACAGAACAGCAGGGAACCCCAAACCAGCUGCCUGCAGAGAAAGGCCAAGGAGGAGCUGGAGCCACAUACAAGCUGGCAGUUUUUGAGUUUGAGAACUUCCGUGGAAAAAAAAUGGAGCUGUCCGGUGAAUGUAAAGACAUUUUUGAGAAGACACAGCGAGUCGGAUCAGUCAUCGUGGAGUCGGGGCCAUGGGUGGGGUUUGAGCGUCCAGGUUUUGCAGGAGAGCAGUUUGUGCUGGAGAAAGGAGAAUAUCCUCGCUGGAGCACCUGGACCAACUGCCUGAGCAGCUACAGUCUGGGUUCCUUCAGACCUCUGAAAGUGGACAGUGCAGAACACAAGCUGCACCUUUUUGAGAAUGUAGGCUUUGAAGGCAGGAAGAUGGCGAUUUUUGAUGACGAUGUCCCCAGUCUGUGGGCUCACGGUUUCCAGGAUCGUGUGGCCAGUGCGAAGGCUGUUAAUGGAACGUGGGUGGGAUACAUGUAUCCAGGGUACAGAGGGCGCCAGUAUGUGUUAGAGCAAGGAGACUUCAAGCACUGGAACGACUGGGGAGCCACUGCACCUCAGAUCCAGUCCGUCCGACGUGUGCGAGACAUGCAGUGGCAUAAGAGAGGGUGCUAUAUUCCACCAGCACCGACCCCCGCCCCUACCCCCGCCCCGGCUCCUGCCCCAACUCCUGCCCCGACACCACCCAAGCCCAACCCCACCCCUAAUCCUAACCCUACCCCUAAUCCCAAAUCCCAAACUCAACCCCAGCCUUAACAGCUCACCUCUAGCUCCUCUCACU